GACUAGAAACCAGAGGUGGAAUCCUGGCAACUGGUGGCUGAGCAAGCAGCCAUUUCUCACAGUGACUACUCUCUCUGUCCUUCUUAUCCUCCCAGCCAGCCGUGGUGCAUCUACAGGGCCAAGGGUCAGCAAUCCAAGUCAAGAAUGAUCUUUCAGGUGGAGUGCUCAAUGAUUGGUCUCGGAUCACCAUGAACCCCAAGGUGUUUAAGCUACACCCCCGCAGUGGGGAGUUGGAGGUACUGGUGGACGGCACCUACUUCAUCUAUAGUCAGGUAGAAGUAUACUACAUCAACUUCACUGACUUUGCCAGCUAUGAGGUGGUGGUGGACGAGAAGCCCUUCCUGCAGUGCACCCGCAGCAUCGAGACAGGCAAAACCAACUACAACACGUGUUACACGGCGGGCGUCUGCCUUCUCAAAGCGCGGCAGAAGAUCGCCGUGAAGAUGGUGCACGCCGACAUCUCCAUCAACAUGAGCAAGCACACCACCUUCUUCGGGGCCAUCAGGCUGGGCGAGGCCCCUGCAUCCUAGAUUUCCCCCCCCAAUCCCGUUUUGCCCCUGCCCGUGCUCCUACCCCAGGUUAGGGAGCCGGGACUUCCAGAACCUAAGUGCUGCUGUGGA